UUGAACAAUAUCAGUUCUUGUUGCUUUCCAAAGUAAACAAUAAAUUAAUCUUAUGCAUUAUUAUCUUAUCAAAUUUGACUUUUUUUCGUUGUUUAAAACCCAAAAGGUUUAACGUUAUAAGUGUGCACAUAUUUUGGGUGUCCUUUAAGUGUAAUUUUUUAAAUAUACUAAAAAAAAUGUUUAAAAAUGUGUCAAGAGUUUUAUCACGCCUUAGUUCUGAAGCAUGUAAAGUAUACAAACACAAACUUCAUUCAAAACCCAAUUUUACCAGAAAUAAUUAUGACGUCGUAAGGGGAAAUUACAAUUAUGUUGAAGAAGAACAUUUGAAUUAUUUUAGAAAUCUACUCGGUGAAUCUCGAAUUUAUACAGACUUAUCAGAUCUUGAAAAAUACAAUGUGGACUGGCACAAAUAUUUACGAGGUGCGAGUCAAAUCGUUUUAAAACCAAAGACCACUGAAGAAGUUUCAAAAAUAUUAUUAUUCUGCAAUCACCAUCGCCUGGCAGUGUGCCCUCAAGGGGGCCACACUGGAGUUGUGGGUGGGGCAACCCCUGUUUUCGACGAAGUGAUCAUUUCAACCGAGCUCAUGAACGAAAUUAUAAGUCUCGAUGAAAAAGCCGGUAUUUUAACAUGUCAAGCCGGUUGCAUUUUACAGAAUUUGGAUGAAUAUUUGGCUGAGCGAAAUUUAAUUUUUCCCCUCGAUUUAGGAGCCAAAGGCUCUUGCCAGAUUGGAGGGAACGUUUCAACGAACGCUGGAGGUUUGAGGGUCGUCAAAUAUGGCAAUCUGCACGGAAAUGUCUUAGGUUUGGAAGCAGUGCAAGCCAAUGGUGUUAUUUUAGACUUCCUGACAAGUCACAAAAAGGACAACACGGGCUAUCACUUAAAACAUUUAUUUAUUGGUUCCGAGGGGACCUUGGGAAUUGUUACAAAAGUGGCAGUUCAGUGUAAAUUGAGACCAAAAUCUCUCCACGUUGCUUUUCUCGGCUUGCAAAACUUUGAUAAAGUUUUGAAGACUUUCUACAAGGCCAAACAAGACAUGGACGAAAUUCUUACAGCAUUUGAAGUGAUUGAUGCUCCCAGUAUGGAACUGGUGACAAGUAAAUUAGAUAUGCAGUCUCCGAUCGGGGAUUACCCGUUUUAUGUGUUGAUUGAAACGACAGGAAGUAACGAAGAGCAUGAUCAAGAGAAAGUGAAUCAGUUUUUGGAAAGUUGUUUGAACAAACAUCACAUUUUGAAUGGGACUGUCACAGGAGAAAUUAGUAAAGCUAGGGGAAUUUGGCAGCUAAGGGAAAAAAUUCCGGAAGCGUUUAAAUACGAUGGGUACGUUUUCAUGUACGAUAUUUCACUCCCUUUGGACAAUUACUACAAAUUAGUGGAUGAUAUGAGAGAAUACAUGGGUGAUAAGUCGCACAGAGUUUACGGUUUUGGACAUAUAGGUGAUGGCAAUAUCCAUUUGCAAAUCUCUGUGAAAGAAUUCAGUCCUGAAAUGAAGAGUUUCAUUGAACCAUACAUCUUCCAACAAACGAAAAAAUACAACGGAAGCAUCAGUGCUGAACAUGGGAUGGGUUUCCUCAAGGCCAAGUAUCUAGACAUGAUGAAAUCCCCUGAAACUAUAAAUUUGAUGAAAAAUGUGAAACAGAUGAUGGAUCCAAAUGGCAUACUCAAUCCUUACAAAGUCUUAGUGUAACAAUUUAUUAUCAGAAAAGUUAAAACAAAUGUUUGAUAUUUUUAUCAAUUUGUGAUAACACCACCUUUACUGGAGAAGUACAAUCAACAAAGACAACUUCCGGGUCCACCAUGUUUUUGUAGGCCAAAAUUAUACUACAAUAAAUAACAAUGAUCAACUGUAGAACACCAAACUCAGACAUACGUACUUAUCUCUAAAUUGCUUUGAACUCUUCAACAAGUCUUCCUGUGUUGUGCUUGAUUUUCGCCGUGAUAA